GCCAUGAGGUUCGCCGCCUCUUCUUCUUUCCAAUGCUUUGCUGCUGCUGCCGCCGCUGACGCAACCAUGUCUUUUUCCCGCGCAUCUUGUCGAGGUGGUCGGGGGUUGUGGCGGCGAGGGUUUUCGGAUCGACCGAACGACAAUACAGAGCCACUCGUGAGCGGGGAUUCACAUUUCAGCUCUGUGAGGGAUGCGAAUUACGGAUUCCGGCAGGGACAGAGAGGUCGUUUUGGCAGACCUGGCAGGUUUCCGCCGCAAAAUUUCCGUCCACGGCCGCCUGUUGGCCAACCACCUCCCCCGAGACCGAAACCAUUGGAUUUCAGAAAUUGGGAAUACGCUUUGAAACAGCCUCCCUCUCACUGUGAGCGUUUCAUUGUCCUGUCAUACAAUAUACUUGCUGACUACCUGGCCAUGAACCAUCGCCGGGAGCUUUACUUUCACAUACCAAGACAUAUCUUAGACUGGCAGCGGCGAGUGAGAAACAUAAUUUUCGAGCUUGGACUGUGGUCACCUGACAUCAUGUGUUUCCAGGAAGUUGAUAGAUUUCAAGACUUAGAGGAGGCUCUAAAACUCCAAGGAUAUGAUGGCAUUUGGAAGAUGCGAACUGGUAAUGCAGUCGAUGGAUGUGCAAUUUUUUGGCGAAGAACAAGAUUCAAGUUGCUGCACGAGGAGUCCAUUGAAUUCAAUAAGCUUGGACUACGUGAUAAUGUUGCCCAGAUUUGUGUUCUAGAGUCAAGCAGUUCAAAUGCUAGUGAAAAUGGGACUGCGGCUUUCCCAAGUUCACAUGCUAAUCGAGUUGUUGUAUGUAACAUCCAUGUGCUUUACAACCCUAAAAGAGGAGAAAUUAAGCUUGGUCAGGUUAGAGUGCUCCUUGAUAGGGCUCAUGCUGUUUCUAAGAUUUGGAAUGAAGCUCCCCUUGUUAUUUGUGGGGAUUUCAACUGUACUCCAAAGAGUCCAUUAUAUAACUAUAUAUCAGAACAGAUGUUAAGUUUGUCUGGACUUGCUAGAGAUCAGGUCUCUGGGCAGUAUUCUGCUGAAAUUUCUGCACUAAAGUCAUUUACCCCUAAUUCAGGGGGUGUUUUGAACAGGGCUCAGACUAUAAGUAAUACAAAUGGAGCUUCAAUGUUGGUUGAUGAAACACAAAUUGGCAAUGAACAGAGUAAUUGCUUCCCAGAUUUGUAUGUACAAAACAAGCCACAUACUGAUGUCAAAAGUGCACCUUCAGAAGAGAAUUUGUCUCCACCUCAAAGUGUUAAUUUUGUGCUAGAAAAAUUUGAUGUGCAGUGUAGAAAUGGAAACGACGUUUCUGCUGCAGCAGGAAAAGAAAUAAAACAGAAUAUAGUAGAAGGUUGUAAGGAUGAAUUUGGCUCAGCUGCCCGUGUUCUAGAUGAUUGCUUAGAGGGAAGUCCAAGUACUAAUCGAAGUGAAGUUGGGCUCACUGUCGAUCUAGGAGAUGAUGGUAGUCAUGAACUUACUCCUCCAGUAACAUCUUGUUGUGAUGAUUUUCAGCCUGGGGUAGUUGAAUCUCAAGAUGGGGAAGAAGUAAGAGGUAUCACUUCCAACUCAAUUCCUGGAUCCUUGAGUAAACAGUCUGAAUCAGAUUCAAACAUGGAUUGUCUGAUGGUUGCAGCAACGCCAGAGGAGGCUGUGCAUAACGAUGUAGAAAGUGGAAAUGUAGAUAUUGAUGUACUUGAUGAGAAGCCUGUGAAUGUGUCCAUUUCUGAUAUUUCUUCAUCUGAGCAAGUCACCACUAAAGAGAAGUCUAAUUCCUCAACACAUUACGUGUCCUUGGAUCAAAAGCUGGCUGACUUCUCAAUAGACAAGCUAGAUGAAGUUGCAGGCGAAAAUGUAACUGAAGGUGAAGAUCAUAGUUCAUUUUCACCUGAGAAACACAACAGCGAAGGCAUCUUUGGAACUGAGCUUCACUGCAACAAGUUCAGAGGACCUAGUUCUGUAGAAACGGAUCAGUUCUCAGAAGAAUGCCUUGCUACUCCAAACAAGUCACCAUUGAAUCCAGUAAGUGUUGAAAUUCAGGAAGAUUCCCCACUGCAUUUGGAGACUGAGCCUACCAAGGCAGAGAAAUAUGUCUAUGACCCUAAGUUAUGGACUCCAGUGGAAAUAGAGACAGCAUCAGGAAAUCCAGAUUGCAAACUUCUUGAACAACCUCUAAAGUUAAAAAGCACAUAUACAGAAGUUGAGGAUUAUUCUGGAACGAGAGACCCAACCAGAGAACCUGAAGUUACCAGUUAUAACAGGAGAUUUUUGGGUACUGUUGACUAUAUAUGGUGUUCGGAAGGUCUCCAGACUGUCAAAGUGCUUGACACAAUACCAAAGCAUGUUCUUAAGCAACUAACUGGUGGAUUCCCAACACAUAAAUGGGGUAGUGAUCAUAUUGCCCUGGCUUGUCAACUGGCAUUCACAAAGGAUACAGACCAAUAGUAAGAAGCAGGCUUUCAGUGUAUUUCUUUACUGUGAAAGAAGCUUGUUAUUGAAUGGGAUUGAUUAAUUUGUGGUGUAAAGGUGUGGCAGCAAAGAAGACGAGACAACUUCCCGCCUCAAAAUGCCUGCUGCUUCUUAAGAAUUUAUGGUGCUGCUGCCGUACAUGCUAUUGGGGAAUGUCCUGUUUUCAUAUUGCAGCUUUAGAUUGCUCGCAAGUAAAAACAAUUGCGGUGCUCUUUUCAUCUUGUAUAUAUUAUUCAUUACCUGUAAUCCCUUCCUAUUUUUUUACCCUCUUUUCUUGAUUUUUAAUUUGAUCAGUUGUAAACUGUCCAAUUUUGACCAGAGAGACUAUUUACUUGAUUCUUAUGGU